GUCUGGAACCCCGGGGGCUGCCUGGUGUUCCCGUCCCACGUGCGUUUGCAUAAGAAACGAAGCACGAGCUACGGUUUCACCUCCCAACUGAAAUCGUCCCCAAGAUCUAUGUGUGUUCCUUCCCAGAGGGCAACUCAUGGCUGGAAGAGGCGGCAGAGGGAGGGGCCGGGGCGGUCACAUGACCUUCAAUGUUGAAGCCGUGGGCAUCGGAAAGGGAGAAGCCCUGCCCCCGCCCACUCUGCAGCCCUCACCACUGUUUCCUCCCUUGGAAUAUAAACCAGUUCCCUUGCAAACUGGUGAAGAGGUAGAAUAUAUGCUGGCCCUGAAGCAGGAACUGAGGGGAGCGAUGAAGAACCUGCCAUACUUCAUCAAACCAUCUGCUCCUAAGAAAGAUGUGGAGCGUUACUCUGACAAAUACCAGAUGUCCGGUCCUGUUGAUAACGCUAUUGAGUGGAGCCCAGACUGGAGACGGCUGCCUCAAGAAUUAAAAAUCCGGGUGCGGAAGAUUCGAAAGCAAAGGAAGGAGGAAGAGGAAGAAGCAUACGAUGAGGAGGAAUAUGAAGAGGAGACGGAUUAUAUCAUGUCCUACUUUGACAACGGCGAAGAUUUUGGGGGCGAUAGUGACGACAACAUGGACGAGGCCAUAUACUGAGCUAUGAUGGUGCCAUAGGGUUGCAGAUACAAGACAUUCCCGUCGUGUGCCCAGAAUGGCUCCUUUUCUGUUGGUCUUUUCUGCCACCUCUGGGAGGCUUCUGGGUGACUCGCUUUGGGUGAUGUGGGACACUCUCUUCUGUCUUCACUGAGUCACUUCCCUGGGGUUUUUCCUCAACCUCUUAUUGUGCAUGUGGCCUCCAGGUGGCGCCAUCAAUCUGUCAUUCUGUCAGACAUUUCUGUGGCUUGCCAGUUGCAACUGGACCAGUGCCUGUCAAAAUAGCCAGCAUACAUCUCCUCCUCCUCCCUCUUGUCUUAUGCCAGAGAAAGUGGACUGGAUCCUGUAGAAAUCCUGCUUUUAUUUCAGUGCCGCCUUCUGGAAUGGAUGAGAAAAUUCCAGAAAGGAAACAGGAAAACGGAAGAUCACUAACACUGAGGAGAAACAGACUCAUAUAAGUAUUUCCUUUGGGAAAUAAUUUGCAGCAAAACUUGUCACUUUACCCUCUCUGUCCUAAUUGCAGUGAUUUCUCAUGUCUGUUUUCUGCUAAUGUGGGGGGGGGGUGCCAAGAAGGAGAAAGGGUAUUCUUUUUAAAGGAGGUCUUUUAAUGCCACAGUUUUGAAAACCAAGUCUAUUUUCCAUGUUUCAGCAUGGUGAAUAUUGGAGGUGGGGUGGGGGGAUACCAGCAUUUUUCACGUUUUGGAAAGAAUCUCCCACAAUCCUCCAGGGUUUGUGAUAGGAACCCUUCACCCAGUAUCUGCUUCUUGU